CUGAUUCAAGCACAUGCAUUUGCGGUAUACCUACAUACCAGCAGUCGCAGUGCUAGUUUUGGCCUCAUCCGCCUUAUCGCUUGAGAUCGAUCGUCAGCCAGCUAGUUUAGUGCAUCCCAUGCCCAAGAAUGCUUGCGGCAUCGGCACGUUGGCGGGUCAUGUUGGCUUGGAGGAAGAGAGCUCAUAGAUUACUAGGGAUAUCUUUUGUCCUUAUCUAUCAGCAUUCAUGCAUACAUAUGGACAUCCAUACAUGUACAUACAUGCACAUAGUACUAUACAUAUGCACACGAGCUCAAUAUCCGUGUAUUGACUGGAUCCUCCCGUGCGUCACAUCUCACUCCAGAUCAGGUGUGCCUUUUUUUAGGCAGCACGAUGCAUGGCUAGCUUGUGGAAACGGCCAAAGGAGAGACACUCUACUCAUUGCACCACACACGAAACAAAAAGGGACGAAAAGCAGCCGGGCAUGGGGCGAUUCUGAGCCGACUUCAGUCCACAUGUUGACAGCGUGAGCGCCAAGGCUACCCUGCCUGCCUACACGCACCAUUGCCCCCCUAGGUU